UUGUUUUGGUUUGAGGCGCUUACAAGCUGAUUUAUGUUGUGAAGAAAAACAUAAUCAAUCUCAGCUACGAUAAUUCGUUACAGUAAGGUGGAGCUUUGCACACAUUAUGGCGAGUGUGCUGUGCAGGAGGGUCAGACAGGUGUGUCAGUCAUCUGUGGUUCACACACUGGCUCAGAGGAUCGUGGCUGUCAGAGGUUUUUCAGCCGCAGGCUCGUCUGGAUCAGAUGAGCCAUAUAUAGCUGUACCAUCUCAAUAUUCAGGUCCUAGAACAGUGUGGCCAGAUGAAACCAUGGGUCCGUUUGGGCCUCAAGAUCAGCGGUUCCAGUUGCCAGGCAAUGUUGGUUUCGACUGUCACCUAAAAGGUACCGGGUUACAGAUGAAAGGGCCGGUCCACAGGACAGUCCCGGACGUUUUAACCUCCCCAUCCGGCACAGAGAGACACGAGUUCAUCCUCGCUCAGUUUGUUAAUGAGUAUCAGGGUAAAGAAGCGUCUCUGACGGCGCAGAGAGUCAGUAAAGCUGAACACUAUUUCAGUCAGUCAGAUGUGGAGUGUACAAUGCAUUCCUGCCCAGAGCUGCUGAAGAAAGAGCUAGAGCUGUUUUUCCCAGUGCUCCCUGCGAGUCCCAUCACUGUCGUCAACGUAACACCGAAGCAGCGAAAGAUGGACACAGAGGAUCAGAACAAAGAUCAGCAGGAGCAACUAGAUAAUUUUGUCAGUGGUGCUAAAGAAAUCUGCUUCAUGUUGUGGAGAGGAGGAUACUGGGCCGAUUUCAUCAGUCCACUGUCAGGAAAAGCUUUUUUUGGUGAUCAGACACCGGACUCUAUUCUACAGCAAGAUGUUGAGCGUCACGCUGGCUUUCACAUCGAGGACCGGGCGUCAUGUACGAUCAUACGGCACGUCUUAACGGGGACGUCCACGUUUGUCUUAACGCUCAUCACUAACGCACCUUCCAACAGUCUGAUCAUGGAGAAACUUCAAGGACACACCAGCACUUCAGAGGACAAAGACUGAUGGACCUUUUCAAACCUGAACCAGAUCUGCCAA